AUGACCUCAAUGUCCUGGGAGGCCCCCUUGGGCCCUCUGCCCGUCAUCCCGGACGAUCUCACCGUCGUGCAGUUCAUGCUAGACCACGAUCAUAUCUCCAGGCCUGCCAUGAACCCCGACCAGACCUGGCUGAUUGAGGACGCCACUGGCAGACGGAUAACGAUGGGCGAGAUUCGCACUCGCACCGCCGGCUUGGCGAAUGCGUUCAGCUCCCGCUGGAAGAUCAGCGAGGAUGAUGUUGUCUGUAUAUACAGCCCAAACCACGUCGACUAUGCAACGGUUAUCUGGGCAACACACAGACUUGGUGCAAUCAUCACGGCGGCCAACCCCUCCUAUACCGCGGAUGAACUAGAGUACCAGAUCUCUGCAACACACGCGAAGUUGAUGGUUGUGCACCCGUGGAGCUAUACCGUCGGUCUUGAGGCUGCGCGCAAGGCCGGGCUCGCCGAAGACUGCAUCGUCCUGCUUGACCCCCUGGCGGGCGUGUCCUAUCCCACAGUGCACGAGCUGAUCGCAGACGGCCUCGCGACACCCUCCAGCUUCGUCGAGCGCCGCCUGAACCCUGGCGAGAACAGGACCAAGCUCGCGUUCCUCAGCUUCUCCAGCGGUACCACUGGGCGGCCCAAAGCCGUGUGUAUCCCGCAUAGUGCGCCCAUCGCGAACGUCAUCCAGAUGUCGCACACUGCCAACUCGGAAACCGUGCCUUGGGAGGACCAGAUAUGGCGGACGGGUGACGUCGCGCUGGGAGCUUUGCCCUUCUAUCACAUCUACGGGCUCGUCGUCGUCAUGCACUUCCACCUCUUCUACGGGAUGAGUCUCGUCGUGAUCCCCAAGUUCAAUUUUGUGGAGCUCCUCAAGAGCGUCCAGCGCCACCGCAUCAACUACAUGUCCAUCGUGCCGCCGAUGGUGGUCCUCUUGUGCAAGCAUCCCGCAGUGAAGGACUACGACCUCACCAGCAUCCGCGCGAUCAUGUGCGGCGCCGCGCCGCUCUCCGCGGAGCUGACCAGCCUACUAGCUACAGUGCUUCCGCGGUCCGUCAUCAGCCAAGGAUACGGGAUGACCGAGACGUGCACGACCGUGACCUUCCCGCAGCUUGGGCAGAAGGUCGGCACGCCCGGCAGCGCGGGGCGCCUCUUGCCAGGCGUCGUGGCCCGUGUCGUCCGCGCGGACGGUACGCCCGUGGGUUAUAAUGAGCCGGGCGAGCUCGUCGUGCAUUCCCCGUCGUGCGCGCUGCGGUACUUGGACAACGAGGAGGCGACGAGGGAGACGUUUAGGGACGGGUGGGUCCACACGGGAGACGAAGUGAUGAUCAACGAGUCGAAAGAAAUGUUCGUUCUCGACCGCAUCAAGGAGCUCCUGAAAGUGAAGGGCUUCCAAGUGGCGCCCGCAGAGCUGGAGGGCCACUUGCUGAACCACCCCGACGUCACGGACGUGUGCGUCAUCGGCAUCCCGGACGACUACAGCGGCGAGCUACCGAUGGCGUUCAUCGUCCCCAGCGCGCCUGCGGCUGAGCGUAUGAAGCAGGGCGGCGCCGCGGAAGUGGCCAAGACGAAGGCCGCGAUCAUGAAGCACGUCGCGGACGUGAAGGUACAGUACAAACACCUCGCAGGCGGCGUCGAGUUUGCCGACGUAAUCCCGAAGAACCCGAGCGGGAAGCUCCUGCGGCGCUUUAUGCGCGACAGAGCCCGCGAGAUGUUGAAGCAGGGGAAACUGUCUAUCCCGAAGCCGGCCAGGGCGAAGCUGUAG